UUAGAAAAAAAUGUACUAUGCUUUACAGACACAUAAAUGUUCUUUCAAUGGAUUGGAUUAUCUCGCAGAAAUCCUUUGGAAUCGUAAUUCGCGACAUCCAAGUAGAUUGUGUACUUGGCUGAAUGUGUUUGACAUACCACAAUUUAAACUUUGGCUAAAAUCACAUCCUAGGUCAAUUUAUCCAAAAUCAUGGCUAUGGAAUAAAGAAGAUGCAGCCUUACAAAUACAGAGAUAUGUUCGUGGUUGGCUCAUUAGAAAGAGAGUGGAGGUUGAGGAGAUGCGCCAAUUUUGGAAGGUAUCAGUAUGAUUGAGAGCCAAAGAA